AUGGAGAAGUCUAUUGUAUGUUUUAAUUAUUAUAAAAUAACUUACAGCCUUAUUAUGUUUUAUGCCAUUUUAGAAAAUUUUCCCAAAUGCCUAGACAUUAUAGAAAAGAAACCUAAGAACGUAAGCACAGAAGAUAAGAACCAAUAUAGCCCAUGGGAAAUAGAGUGUACGAACGAGGUUAAUAUAACUAAGUUAAGAAAUGUUCAUGUUGAUAAUAGAACUCCACAAGGUAUAUGCAUACAAGUUAUGGAAUAUUUAGGUGAAAUUAAUAAUGAUGAGGAACAAGCCUUAAAAGAUGCGGGAUGUGAAUUUUUUUAUUAUUGGAUAUAUUAUGUUCUUUUUAAUAAUAAUGAAAAAAAAAUUAAUGAUAUACAAAGCCAAUAUGAAGAACUUAUCAAUAUAUAUAACAAUGCCUAUUUUAAAAAAAAUAUAAAAAGUCGAUGUAUUGGCUCUAAGAGACCUAUUGAACAUGAUGAUUUUAAAAAAAUCUUAGAAUUAUCUAGUAUAUAUAACUCAAUAUAUAAAAACACUAAGCGAGAUAAAAAUGAUGAUAUUUUUAAAGAAGUAAUUAAAAUAGUAAAGUUAUAUAAUUCUAAAUUAGAAAAUAAUCCAAGUAAAAUUAUAGAAAUUGUAAAAGAGCCUUCUUGUAAAAAUAGUAGCGGAGUUACAAUAAUAAUUACCUUUGUUGUAACAAUCAUUGUUUUCCUUUCUUUAUUUAUUUUGUAUAAGUUUACGAUAUUUGGUUCAUUAUGGCGCAACAUAAUAAACAGAAAAAUAAGCAAAUCUUAUAGUAUUAAUGAAGAAAGGAAUGUUUUUCAAGGAUCUGAAAUAUACAGCGUUCUACCUAGUAGGAAUGAGCAUAAUUUAUUAUACUUUUCUCCAUAA